AGCUGUAUUGAUGGAUCUGGGGUUUGCUUUGCGUGGUUCUCAGAAGCCAGCCCAAGGCAGACUUGUACUCUGAAGUGCAGUUGCCUUGACAUUUGAAUGCGUCUUCCCACUGUCAAAAGGUGAUUCUAAUAAUUCGUCCUCAAAGCCAAGAUACACACUCAACCUCUUCACUUCCAAAAGCUUCUUGUAAAGACAUGGAGGCUAUUGCCAAGUUUGAUUUCAUGGCCUCCGGUGAGGAUGAACUGAGCUUUCACACUGGAGACAUUCUGAAGAUACUAAGCAAUCAAGAGGAGUGGCUCAAGGCGGAGCUUGGAAGCCAAGAAGGAUAUGUGCCUAAGAAUUUUAUAGAUAUUGAGUUUCCUGAGUGGUUUCAUGAAGGCCUCUCUCGACAUCAAGCAGAGAACCUACUCAUGGGCAAGGAAAUUGGGUUCUUCAUCAUCAGGGCCAGCCAGAGCUCCCCAGGAGACUUCUCCAUAUCUGUCAGGCAUGAGGAUGAUGUUCAGCACUUCAAAGUCAUGCGAGACAACAAGGGCAAUUACUUCCUAUGGACUGAGAAGUUCCCAUCCCUAAAUAAGCUGGUGGACUACUACAGGACAACUUCCAUCUCCAAACAGAAGCAGAUCUUCCUUCGGGAUGGAACCAGAGAAGAUCAGAGUCGCCGGGGCAACAGCCUGGACAGGAGGUUCCAGGGAGGCCCUCACCCAAGUGGAAAUGUAGGAGAAGAAGCCCGACCUUUGAUGAACCGGAAGCUGUCAGACAACCCUCCUCCCCAUCCCCAACAGUACCACCAGCACCAGCAGCCACCUCCUCAGUUUCCACCUGGGCCACAGCCCCCUCUGCAGCGGUAUCUGCAGCACCACCAUUUUCACCAGGACCGCCGUGGAGGCAGCCUGGACAUAAAUGAUGGCCACUGUGGCAUUGGCAGUGAGAUGAAUGCCACCCUGAUGCACCGGAGACAUACAGACCCUGUUCAACUCCAGGUGGCAGGGCGAGUGCACUGGGCCCGGGCACUAUUUGAUUUUGAGGCUCUGGAGGAGGAUGAGCUGGGAUUCCGAAGUGGAGAGAUAAUUGAAGUCCUGGACAGCUCCAACCCGUCUUGGUGGACGGGCCGUCUACACAACAAACUGGGUCUCUUCCCUGCCAACCAUGUGGCUCCCAUGACACGAUGAGCACUGCCAGGAAGCUAGAGGCUUUUUGUCCGAAACUACCUGCCAGAUGGGGACAAGGGGAAAAAAGCUGGACUUUAUAACUACACAUGCAUUCAUAUGAUGUACAUGUGUGUCCGUAUGUACACAAAACAUGUAUAUGUAUGCCUGUAUUUUCACACAACAUUUUAUAAUAGUAAUUUAUUGGCAACUGGUUGGGUUUGUUCAUUGACUGGCAUGAGAAGGAACUCUGAAGAAUGGGGUGCUUUUCUGGCACUUCUUUGUGUGAGAGGGCAGUAGGGAGCAAAGCAGGCAGGGAAAUGGACUUCUCCCCAUCCUUGAACUUUCACAACUUCUUUCCUGGCUUGGGACUUUUCCAAGAGAGCAAGCAGCUAAGCAGAGGUCACACCCCAGCGAUGGAUGCACAGGGCAGGGCUGGGCUUGGCGAGGCAUGUUUAAGUAGCUCACUUGGCCCUGUCCACCUACAGGGUAGCUUCCCUCCUGUUCUCCAUAGGGCAGGCACUGCACCCUGAGAAUUAAAGUGUAGCAGAUCCAGGGCCACAGGCACCAAGCAAGUCUGAGCAGGUAGCUGGCAAGGGUGUGGUCAAAAGUCUCAGCUUGGUAUGGGAGAGUACUGCAAGCCUCAGGCCUAGGCAAUGCCCAGCUAAAACUUUUACUUUCCAUCAGUGACUGCCCAUGUAGCAACCCUCUUCCCUUGUAGCUGAAAAGAGAGUGCUUCUAAUGUGGAGACAACAUAGAGCCAGGCACUAGGGAACACAGGGGUUCUCCACAGGCCCUCAUGGCUUGCUUGAGUAUAACUUCUGUUUUCCAAGCUGCAAAGAAAGCUGUAGCCUAGAUUCUGCGAAGUGCUUGGAGAAGCCCUGGCUGAGAAUGUGGGAUGUGUCAGCAGCCUCGUCUUGUGGUUACAAGGGCUGUCUCUGUGGAGUAUUCUUGGUUUUUGCUCCUGUUUUUCUGUGGUUGAGGGUGUCUUUGCCAGUGGACCAGAGGGAAACCAAGAGCAUUGACUGCAGAUCAAUAAAUAAAUUGAUUGAUUGACUCUAACCCUG